CGGCACAACCGGCCUGCUGAGGUGCUGAGGGGUAGGACGAGGACUAUUUUAAAACGAUUGGGAGGCGGCGCUUUUAUGUCGGUUUCGAUGCGACACGCAUCCGCGAUCGACAUCAACAUUAGGAUCUUCUUCACGUAGUCUCCGUCUUCGUCGUAAACUGUCGUUAAUAUGGGAAUAAUACUGUCCAGAUUUCAGAAAAAGAAGACGACCAUUGAAAUUUUGGAGAGUCUAGAUGCACAAAUCAAAGAUAUCCAACAGUAUGGGCAGACUACGGAGCAGAGACACAAGAAGAUAGUUGGAACCAUCAUCAUCUAUGGCGUUAUUCUUUAUAUUAUGAUAGCCUUCAUCUUUUACUUUUGCUUCUUCCCAGCUUCGUUGUACGAUCAGCUCUUUUAUAUAACACCGUUACUGUUUUUUCCGAUUUUAAUACUUUUAACGAAGAAAAUGGUUUCAUGGUAUUACAAUCGUAAAAUUACUCAUAAUCGAGAAAAAUUGUCUACCAUUAUAACAGAGAAAAAGAAGAUAUUAAACGAAGUUACUGAAACGGAGACGUACAAGAAAGCUAAAGAGAUAUUAUUAAAAUUUGCACCAGAUGAAUUAACCAUGUCACCUUUAACUCCAAAGCUUACCCAAAGAGUGUCAGCACCAUCUGAAACACCUCGGCGUCCUACGCCACAGGCUAUAAUAUCUCCUCUGCCUAGUGAGUUAAGAAGAAGAAUUAUACCGACUCAAAAUUACCCACAAAAUAUGCAGAUUGGUGCAUCUGGUUCUGGUCAACCUACACCUAUCAUUAGACCGAUUAAUCAACCUUCAAAUACUCCUUUCCAGUCUAGAAUAAUUAAUCCUGCAGCCAUAGGUUUUCGAUCACCAUUACCACGACCUGUAUUGCCGCAUCAAAGAACAGUGAUCGAUCGUUUGGUUGAUUAUUUAGUAGGUGAUGGUCCUUCAAAUCGCUAUGCUUUAAUUUGUCGACAAUGCGAGUCGCACAAUGGAAUGGCUUUGAAAGAAGAGUUUGAAUAUUUUGCAUUCAGAUGUUGUUACUGUGGUUUCUGGAAUCCUGCAAGAAAGCAAAAGCCUUUUGCUCCAAAAUUAGAGUUUGAUAAUUCCCCUACAGCUUCGAAUACACCCGAAGUUAAUUUACCUCCUAAUACAGACGAAGAGACAAUAAAACUUACUGAGCUGGAAACAUGCACACAAUCAGAUACAGACUCAGAUAUUGAAGUGGUUGAAAGACCAGGCGAAACAUCUGACACUCCUGAAUCAGAAACUAAGGAGUUAUUAGAUGAGAAUGAAUCUGAUAAAGUACAGUCGUAGCAUAAUUUUUUGAAUAAAUAGCCUGAAGGCGAAAAAGGAUAUUUAUAAAUCAGAAUUUCAAGUAAGUUUGAUAAAAAUAAAGAAGUAAGCACACAAACGCGCGCGCGCGGAAACGUAAAUGAAGUAAAUUAUAAAGCAUGUUGACUUUUUCUUAACACAUAAUGAGAGCUAGAAGUGUAAAAUAUCUUUUUAGAUCAUAGAUGUAAUUGUCAAUUGAAACAUUGCUAUUAAUAGAAAUCGUUGCUAUAAUUUAAAAAUAACAAAUAUAUGAUUGUUGGUAAUAUACGUAAUGAAACUUAUAGACUUUUCGUAUCUAAGUUUUGAUUAUAUAGCAGUUGCAAGACAAUUUGUGGAAAAUGUAUGAGGAUUCUAUACUUAUGAUUAUAAACGAUCAUUAUCAUUCCAAAUCUUGAUUUGCCUGGCAUUAAGGUUGUUACCGAAUGCAAAAAGGCUGAAAUAAGAGCAAGAAAAUCAUUAGUCUAAUUUUUUUUUAAAUAUCGUAGAUUUCAUAGAAAUAUUUAUAUGCCACAAUAUUUAUAUGAAAUUACGUUUCAUUUUUACGUAGUUUUUGAGGCACAAUUUAAUCAAAUGUAACAAAAUACUUUGAACAUUGCACACAUGCGAAAAGUUCGUGUUGCAUAUCAAUUAAUAAUGUAUUUUUUAUAAGACUGCCUAUCUUAUCUGCAGAUCAUUAUUCAUAUUAGGCUACAAAUUUUUUUGAGAAGCUACGUUGAUCUUUUCUUCGUAUAUUUUGAGCUCAACCAAUCAUGCCUUUUAUCUGAAUACUGCAAUAGUUGCAUACGUUGCUUUAUUAAACGAAAAACGAACUUUGCGUUUUCGCGUAUUAAUUAUUUAAGAAAUAGUUUAGAUAUAAGGCUAUUGUGAAACAUGAGUUUUGUUAUGUGAACAUAUAGUUUUUUGAAAAGAAGGAACAAAGAAAAAUAUGCAUUUUACAACAGGUAUUGCCUUUUUGCAUGAAAAAUUAUUUAACACGUCGAUAGCUUCUAGAUUAUCUAGAAAUAGUAUCAUGAUAAACAAGAAAUCUGAGAAUGCGCUCUAUAUUGUGUUACUUAUGAUUACACUCUACUGUGAUUCUAGAUAGGCUAAUGAAACUCAUGAUUAAUGUAUAUCGGCUCAUAUUCGACCUUAAUGUAACUGUGAAUUGUAAAAACUAUGAAUGUGUGAUUGUUUCUCAUUAUAUUGUACUUUUUUGCUUCCUCAAUAAGGAAUUGUACUGUCAUUUUAGUGUGAUAAAUUUGUAUGUAGAAGAGCUACUUAAGCGAUUUGCAAAAUUCUUGAUAUAAUACAAAUUUUAGACAGAA